AUGUGGCCGGUUUUGAUACAUUUUUAUCUGUUAAUUUCCCUCUCCUGGGCAUUUUACAUCGAUAUUGAGCCUAACAAUGAAGAAUGUUUUUUCGAUCAUGUAACCAAGGGUCAGAGGCUUACUUUGCAUUACGAAGUUGCAGAGGGAGGAUUUCUUGAUAUCGAUGUGCAGAUAUUUGGUCCUGACGGUGAAAGUGUGUACAGCGAAGUUAAGCGAACCAAUGGAAGACCUUCUUUUGUUCCUCAAAAGGAUGGCAUAGUGAAAUACUGCUUCAGCAAUAAGAUGAGCUCUUUGACUCCAAAGGUCGUUCUUUUCGAAUUAGAGAUGGAAGAAGAUCAUCUUAAAGCAAAGGCUGAGGAUGACGGUAAAUUGGUCGAUAUGUUUAAUGAACUGUCCCACUCCAUUGAAUCAGUAAAACUGGAGAUGGAAUAUGUCACACUAAGGACAAAUAUUCACUGGAAUAUCAAUCAAAAUACUAAUUUCAGGGUAGUUGUGUGGGCAGCUUUCGAGGCGCUAUUGAUCGUGGCAAUGAGCAUUGGACAGGUUUUCUACCUCAAACGAUUUUUCGAGGUUCGUCGGCUCGUUUAA